UGUGACUUGUAAACAAUUGUCGUUGUCGGCAUGCAGAAUCCCUAGCUUCCCAUUGGCUGGACCACCGAUCCGUAUCCCUCCGAACUCCGAGUCGUUUCCAAAUUGAAGGCACAAAGUCGCGGUGCCUCUUGGAAAAUGUUGGCAGUUCAACUGAACGUCAUGCCACGUCGUAUUCCAGCAAGGUCGGACGGGUCAAGUAAACCGACGAAAACAUAUAAAAGAAAGACCUUUGAACUUUCAACGUAGGCACUAACGAAGCGAACAAUUCCUCUAACCUUUAUUCCUCUUAACUUCAAACAUGCAACGCUCUCUCCUUCUUAAUGCACUCGCCUGCAUCUGUAGCAAAGCGCGACUCGGAGGAUGGGGCCGUUGCGGCCUUCUGGCCGAUUACCUACUACGGCCACUGCGACGAAGACAAGAAGCUCUGCAAGUAUUCAUGACCCCGAGGAUGAGGCUCUUGAGGCCUAAUUUCCAAUUACCUACGACGACGACAAGUCGCGCUGCGAGCACCAGGAGUGUUCAGCUAGUUGACAACAUAUCUUUACUUACAUACCAAUGCACAAAUGUUAAAUUUUAUUGCGUCGAGUUUGACAAUGUCCUGGCAGACUGGUACCAGAGGAAGGGCAGUACAGAGACGUACAUCGGCUAUACAUACGACGAGGCAGGAAACAAUACCAAGGACGCGCAUACUGACGACGUAUGGCGCCAGAUACAUGAAGAAACAAUUACCUAG